UCUAGCUCAAUGAUGUAGCUCCGCGUAGUUUAUACUUACAUGUACAUAUAUACAGAUCUAUAUACACACAUAUAUAAUUUUGUCUGUUUCAUUGCGGCCGGACGAGACUCCGACAACAGCUUGCAUGUAUAUAAACAAUCUGCCAUCUGAAAGUCUAAUUAGUCCAAAACUGGUAUCUGCAGUAAUAUAUAUGUACGUUACACUGGCAAAUGUCAACAUCUAUGCAUUUUCGUGUUUUAGUGUGAGUCUUGUACAUCAUGUAACAAACAUGAACGGAAAAAGUGCAUACCUUUAACUGUCUUCAACAAUGGAUGCUGGUGAGCAGCUGUAGUCCACAAAAUGAAAGACUUUCAUCUAAGUGAACACUGGACUACGACAGAGUGAUCAAACAACCACAUCCAGCUGCAGCAGAGGUUCACCAACAACUACAAGAAUGCAUCUGAACAUAUGCAGUGUUUAAUAAGUGAACAUAUAUUGGAACAUACCAUCAAUUACAAACAAACCUAGAAGUGUGUGCUAUAAGAUGCUUGCCAGUAUGAAGUCCAGUCGGCGUAAGCAGUCCAAACCUAUUCGUGUCUCUUUGGAAGGUGGGGAUGAGGCGGGUGCUAAAGCUCAGCAGCCAGCACCAGUUCCUGAACCAGAAGAGUCAGUCUUGACCAGUAAGGAUUCACCGGAGAAUGAAACUGUGACUGAGGAAGAGCCGAUGGAAACUUCGGUUAUCUCAGAUAACACAGAUGAAGCAUCUCCUCUGAACCUUGACAAGAAAAAAUCUGUCUUUCCCACUGAAUACCACCGCCUAGGAAGUCAGCUUAAAACUACCACCGAUGGCAAUCUGUUGUCCAAUGGACAUGUAAAUGAGGAAGAAAAAACAGAACAAGAGAGUUCAGCAAAAAAUGGAGCUUCUGCUUCUGAUUUCCCCACAGCUUAUCAUCGGUUAGGUAAUGAGCUGUACAAGGACCAGUCUUAUCUGACAAAUGGACAUUCAAACUCAGGGCAAGAAAAUAACAAGGAUUCAGAAGAGAAGGAGAAUUCUACGCAAGACUCAGACUCUAAAGAUGCAAAUGGGGAUGUCUCCUUCAAAUCUGAUGGCACUCGUAUAUUUCAUCCUGAUGCCUACUGUGAAUUGUGCGAUCGAGAAUUUUGCAACAAAUACUUCUUGAAAACGCACAAGGCAAACAAGCACGGAAUUUAUGAUAAUGCUCCAUCCCCAUUCUCCAUGGCCAACUUCCCUUUCGCUCCCCCUCAGGAAUCGUUCCCACCUACCAUGCAACUUAAUAACACUGAGCAGGCUUCAGUGCCAAAACGACCAGAGCUAAUGAACUUUUUACCUGGCAAGGCAGAAGUCAGCUUGCCACCGCCACAGACUAUGCCUUUCUCUGAGAAACCCCCAUCGGACAGUAUAAAUCCAGAUAUGGAGGACUACUGUGAAAUUUGUCAAAAGCAUUUUUGCAACAAAUACUACCUCAAAAAGCACAAGCAAGAUGUGCAUGGCAUCACCCCGGAUACCUCCAGCAGCCGACGUCGUCCACAGCUUGAUACUCCGCCUUCCUCCUCAACUGUUACCUCAGCACCUCUGAUUUUACCUCAGAACAUCAACAGCAUGGCCAAUGUCAUGGUACUCAACCCAUUUGUUCCUCCAGUAAUCAUUCAAGCGCAACCUUUCAUGGCACAGCAUCCUCUAGCAAUUACGCCCUCCCCUCAGCCUGUCUCAGUUGCUCCUGUCAUCUCACAGUCUUUACCUCAUUCCGACACCACACCUUCCAUUAGCAGCGCCUCCAAUGUCAGCCCUCUACCUAAUGAUGCACUCCGUGGAAUGGGUGUUCUCAACGCUGACUUGUAUUGUGAACUAUGCCGGAAGGAGUUUUGCAAUAAGUACUUUCUCAAGCUUCACAUGGUCAACAAGCACGGUAUGUUCUCUGAUGAUGCAAAGAAAUUCCCAGGCUCAAUGUUGGGCCCAAUGUUUAGUCAUCCUGGUAUUCCUGAGGACUUUGCUAAUUUAAACCAAACUCAUGAAAUCAUGAAAGCUGUUGAAAUGGAGAAAGCUAAUAUCCAGAACAAAUCUGGCCAAAAUGAAUCAAAUGUGACCUAUUGCAACAUAUGCAACAUGGAAUUUUCUAGCAAGUAUUCCUACAAGAUUCAUAAGAUGAACAUUCAUGGUAUUCUCACUGAUGGUUCAGGCAGCCCAGAGAUCGGAGAGCUCAUGAAGCCGGACAUGCACAUUAAAUCAGACCCAGAUGCUGAGCUAUCUCGCCCACCAAGCCAACAAAGUAAUUCUGAAGCUGGAGCCUCUUCUAUGUUUGGAUCAAUGAUUGCGGCCAAGUUAGCUGACCGUGUCCAGUGUGAAAUUUGCAACAAGGAACUGUGCAAUAAGUAUUUCCUCAAGGCUCACAAACUGAAACUUCACGGAAUUGAUUCUUCCCCAAAUGAUAAGGACAGUAAAAGUGACAUAGCAAAAUCAGAAAGUAAAUUGAGAGAGGAACGUGGAGCUAAAGUUAUCAGAGAUCUUGUGAAAGAAAUUGAAGCACAAGGAAAUGCUAACAAAACACCUGAACGGCCUCCAGAACGUGAACUUGUCAAACUUGGUAUUGAUCCUGAAGCAUACUGCGAGAUUUGCAAGAAAGAAUUUUGCAGCAAAUAUUUUCUUCGAACCCACAAACUGAAAUUGCAUGGCAUCAAGACACCUAAGUUUGAGCGAGGCUCUGGAAAUCGGGCUCCUAGGACCCAGUUGCCUAUUGCAGAUACGUCAUCUCGUGGGUCAUCUGAUGUCUUGAAUCUUGCUACCUCCACUCCAGCUGCUCGAGUAACAUCUUCAGAGGCCUUGGUUGCUGCUGCUCUCUCUGCAGCUGCCUCUGGAUCAGUGCCAGCCAUGUCAACUUCCACUGCUGUUUUGAAUACAAGUCCAACCAUGGCAUCUGAAGCAAGUGACAGCUUUGAGAAACACACAUGGAGAUGGAAGGAACCUGUCAACUCCUCUCGAGUAGCUUGUGAGAUCUGCAAUAAGGAACUUUGCAACAAGUACUUUCUGCGAACCCACAAAUUGAACAAGCAUGGCAUUUCUCUGGAAGAGCAGGCCAAGGCUUCUCCCAUCAUGUCAAAUGCGUCGUCUGUUGAAAUGCCGGAUUCUGACACAGCCAGCAGUACUUCAAGCACCUCAGAACAGACGAAGAUUGCCAAGGAAGAGAAGCGUUCUCAGACUUUACAGAAAUUAUCAGAAAGUCUGAAAUUGAAGCUUGAAGAUGAACUUACCAUCAGCACUAGAACCCAUGACAUGCCAGAAUCCUGUAGUCUGUGCAACAGGCAAUUCAAAAACUUACACAAGCUGCAACUUCAUCUGAUGAAAGAUCACUCUCUUUUGUCCCCUCCAAAGCUGCAAAUUCUGCCACCUGGGAAGAGGAGUUUGGAUUGGCUGAACAGCCAGAGAAGCGCCUGCCACCUUUGCUCUGCAGAAUUCCCUGAUCUCUUGACCUUACAGCUGCACCUGAUCCAGGAGCACAAUGCCCAAGUAAGCCUAAAACCCGAACCAAAGGCAAUGCACGAACUCAGGCGACCCAGCCAUAUUUCCAUGGCCAUGAAAACCAAGUAUGCUCGAAGUACUAAACCGAAGGUAUACAGCUGUUUACGGUGUGACUACAAAACACGCUGGCUCAGCAACAUUUAUUCUCAUGAAGAGAGAAAACACAAGAUGAGCAAAGGUUCCUCCUCCAAUUAUCCCUGCUCUAUCUGCCUCAAGUCAUUCCUUUAUGAACACUCCUACCUUCGUCACCUUCGCGACUACCACCACCAGACCGACAUCCCCUCCAAAUCCGGAGCUCCAAGGAAGGGAUCUUUUGACAAAAGUGGCUUUAAUUGUAAGAAGUGUGCUACCAAAUUUUCAAGCCGCCUUCAGUGCAUACAGCAUAUAAGGGAGGAUCACAUCCGAUCUGCCAAGUCAUCAGCAAAGGGAAAGUUCAGUCUGACUGUGAAGAAGUUCACCUGCAAGAAGUGUGGGUUUUCUACUCGCAUCCCAGAAAAUCUCCGCCGUCACAAGGUAACAAAGCACCGUCAGCGGCGCAAAAAGCUUCCCCGUGACAAUGGGAUUGAGGAGCCAGUGGAUUUAUCCUUGAACUUACCUGUUCAGCAGAACAAGACAGGUGACCAGGAUCUUUACCUAACCCAGUCCUUUAAGCUUCAGGGCGGCCACGAGGACAGCAACUUCGUGCCGGCUGUCAUUAACAUGGCCGUUCGCAGCCUCGUGAAAAGCCCGGUGACAGUGACCUUCACUCUCACCCCAAUGGAACAAUAAACUUUCCAGUCGAGAAAGCCAGACUUACGGUAAUACCUCUACUGUGUGAUGUGAUUUGCAACUCACCUUCCCACUCCCAAGGCAACCUCUAUAUACUAGUUGUACAGGAGAGUUGUUGUGUGAUUGUUUAUAUAAAUAUUUCGAGCAUAUUAUACAAAAAUAAUAACGUGCAAUUUUUCCCACCUAUUUCCAAAUCUUGAACACACCAAAGCUGAAUGAGAUUCUUUAUUAUGAUUAUUAUUAUGAUUAUAUUAUGACUAUGUUAUUAAUAUUAUUUUCUGCAAUUACAUGUAGUUAUUUAACAUGGCAGCAACUGUACUCAUAUUUGUAACAUACCUGGCCUAGAAUUAUCCAGCUUUGUCCUGCAGGGGAAUUGAAGAGUGAAUCUCAUGACGGUGUUGUUAAUGUAGUGAUGUUGAGUGCAUGUAUGUAAAAAUGGGCAUUUUUAGAAAUCCCAUUGGAAUAAUUUAGCUCCUUCAUACAUAUUGCUGUCCAGGCAUGGUAAACAAAAUUGUGUAGUGUUUUCUGAAGAGGAUAUCACAUAAAUGCAUUAGUAGAAUUUGGAGCUUUGUAUGCUGUCAUCAGAUAGAUCGUAGUGUUAUAAAGGCAGGUGUGCAGAUUUAAGGAAUACCCACAAAUAAUGAGGCAAUAUAUUCAUGAGAAGUUUGCCAACAUUUUCUAUUUUGUAUCAAAAUAUUCCUGUUGUGAUCUUCCUUAGUAAAAUUUUAGACCUGUUUGUUAGUGUGUGUUUCAUUGGAGGUCAUUGUGUGUACCAUUGUCUGUAGACAUGUAGAGGAAGUGUAGAUUCCACCAUCACCCCUUUUACCUCAUGGCGAAACUAUGCAGAUGUGACAGGGUGGUUUACUCUAUGGGGACCCAGGUAAUGGGGAUUACCUUCAAAAAGACAAGGCACCCAGUGGCUGAGUUUAUACAGCUCUUGAAUGGACUUCAGGCUUUUUCCAGCUUUAUUCCCUCACAAUCACCCUCUGAAAACAUGGGCUGUGUCUUGGACAAGAUACGUCUUAUUAUCGAGUGAUAUAUAUGAAAACAUAUUUUGGUUCACUAUUGACUUUAUGAAGUGUUUAUGCAAUCUCUUUUAUGUGCAAUAGUAUGCAGUAGAAAAUAACGCAUGGAGCGAUUUGUUUUCAUGCCAUGUCUUUGUAUAACUCUGUCUGCAACCAGACAUGAUCACUGAGUGUUUAUAGUGUGUUGAUCAUGACCAGACUUGGAGUUCAUAACUGUGCAUUUCUGUCCCUUCAGGGAACUCUUUUGUGAAGACAAAGCAUAAUCUGAGACAUGUCUUGUCUCGCACCAUGCACUUAGUUUGUAAAGACUACACAGUGAGCAUGUUGAAAAUACUGAAAUGAUGCUACAUGUAAAUGCAAGUGCACUGUCUCUAUAUGUGUAGCUCAAUCACCAAGGAAUUUGGAAUGGCCUUACAUACUGAAGACUUGUGUCUAAAGACUGCUACUGUGUAUUGCCAAUGAUGUGAGUUCUCCAAGUAUUGGACUGAUGGAAUUUUUUUUCUACCACAGCUUUCCUGUUUAUAAAUCACAGGAUAAAGUGCAUCUUUAGCUCAGGCAUGUGGGGAAAUUGAUCUUACUCCCACAAAAACUAUAGACUACUGACUUGCUCUGUUUGGAUGAUUCUUGCAGAGUUUUCUCAAGUAACCUUGCGCUUUGUAUAGUUUUCAGGUCUCGAAGUGCAUGUAUAGAGGUUUUGUGGUAGGAGGGCUACCCAAGCUUCCAUUAUAAUAUCUUAAUUUAUUUCAAAUCUGAUGCAUAGUGUGGUGAUAUUUGCACUAGAUUUAAAGGUAGUGUGGCUUUAGAUUGUAGAUACUAUAUGUGUGCAUUUCUGUGUGUUGUUGUUAUUAUAAUACUUGAAAAUAAUCUGUUGUGAUGUGAGUGUGGUAUUUUUUAAACUUGCGUUCUAUAUAUUGAAUAAUAUAUUAUUAUAAUUAUUACUUAGGCAUUUUGGAAUUGUGAUUUUGGGAUUGUUAGUUAAGUUUGUUGCGUGCGUAUAUUUAAGUUAUUCAGUAUCAUGGUAGUAGUACACAUGUUUGUGCAUUGAACAUGGCUGCCGAAUUCCUCAUCACUUGUAAUGUGAUCAAAUCCAUCUCAUAAUGAGAUGUGUAUUAAUCGCUUGCAUGUUUUAAGGUUCGGUGAAUUGAAUUGAAUCCAUGACUUGCAUAUAACAUAUGAAUAAGAUACUACUAUAAUAUAUAUGAUACCAUUUAUGGGGUUUUAUGGACCGUUUAUUAUUUAUUUAUUUCAUGCUCUUUCAGAGUUGUUCUUUGCAAUGAUUGUGUUUGAGGGAUUGCUGUGGUGUGGUGUGCAAAUGUGUGAUUUUAUCUAUAUUUUUGAUAAAAAAUGGUUUUGCAUUUUCACCUGACCCUGCCCUGCCUUCGGUGACCCUUUACUUAAACUGCUAGAGGUGAUUUCAUGUAUUAUGAUGGCGUCUUACUGGAGCUAAGUAUUGUACAAUUUAAGCAGUUUAAGUGAAAAUGUUGGUCAUGUUAAUGAAGGCAUGUCAAUUGUUGCCAAACGUAUUAUCCCAGUCUUCAUUUUCUUUUCCAAAACUUUUUUAUUUUUCUUUCUCCUUUCUUUAUGUGUAACAUAAAAAUGCACAUUAUAUGGUUGAAAAUCAAAUUCUGAAGAUUUAGUCAUCAGCUCCAUUUUGUUACAGACAUGUCUAGAAUAUUUUCAUGAUGAACAAAACCCAUCAAUGAAAUUUAUUUCAAACAAAGCUAUGUGUCAGGAAUUUGGCAAUAUAUAUGUAUACAUAAGAGUUUGCAAAGCUAUUCAGCAAUAGAGCCAGUCUCACAGAAUUUUAUCACCUGCUGUAAAUGUACAAUAACAACACCAUUGUUACCAUUACUUUUUUUCAAGCAGUGUGGUUUUGAAAGAGAUUUUUUAUGAAUGCUUUUUUGUCGCUCUUACAAAUAUUUGUAUCACUUAUGUAAAUUUAAAUUUUUUUCAAACGCUCGAUGGAUUGUUAUUCUCACAAAUUUUUUCAGAAGUCUCUGAAUACUCACUUUAUACGGUAGUGUCAAACCUCUGUAUGAUUGAUGUUUUUUUUUUUUUAAUUAAGGUUAUACCAAAUUUGUGACCAAGUGUAUUAGACAUUUGCAGUUUGGUAAAGACAUUUUCAGAUAUAUUUAAGUUAAUGAUCUGUGUGGAAAAUCACAAACUGUCGAGUUGUUUAUGAUCUGAAGUGCAUUAUAUGGUGGCGUUGAAUGUGGUCAGUUAGGAACUGCAUCUUAUUUGCAAUGCAUUACAAACAUUAUGUGUUCUAUUUUGUGUUUAAAUUAUUCUUUCGUCCGGAAUCAAGUAAUAAAACCAUGUAUUGAUCAGAUUCACACAAAGAAUCUCUUCCUUAAGGUAAUGGUUUAACCAGUUUUGUGAAAACCAUUUUAGUUUGGGUCAGCUGAUCAAAUAUGAUAAGAAUAUAUUUUGUUUUUCUUAUUCAUUCUUUUACAUAUAUGUUUCUUUUGUUGAUCAUGUGCCAUUAUGUAUAGUUAUAUACAACCCACCUGUGAGACUGUAAGGGCACUACCACCGAUUUAUUAUGAGUGUGUACUAAUAUUGUUUAUGAAGUAAUUAACACCCACCAAAAAAUGUAUGUAUAAUUACAAGUUUAUUUGAUAUUUCAUCGUUGGAGUGAAUAGAAAAUAAUAUUUAAAUCAGAACUUCACGUGAGUGAUUCUUUCCUUCCGUUUUUAAUUACAAUAAUACUAUAUUGUUUGAACAGAUGAUAGCUGUUCUGUUGUUUGAACGUUUUAUCCAUUCCUUAUUCCACUUCAUCCAAGAAUUGAUGUUGGACCUUGAUUAAUAUUGGAGUGUGUGUACUUUCCUUUGGCUCUGUUUUCCUUGGGCUACGUUAUACCCACCCAUGUACAUGUUUUUGUCUAUUCUUCACAGCUGAAACAUUGUUAAACUUGGCUCUAGAUCCUAUCUUUAUACAUUUCCUACCAAAGUAUUUUUUGGACGUAUUGAAGUCCAUUUUCAUUUUUCCUUUCAAUUUUUUUCCUUGUCAACAAAACUUACGAAAACUGAGUAUUCACCAUUGUAGCUCUGCUCCUGGUCUAUACAAAAUUUUCAGAUGGCUUUAAAUUGUGGUGGAAAAGUCUUGCUGAUUGUGAUGUUGGCAAAUGUGUAAUGUGCUAGAAAGACAGUCGUUUUGCAAAAGAGGCAGUCUCUCGUGGAAGCAAGGAUUUUUAUUAAGGUUAGAUCAAUGCUGCGUGAAGACAGGUUUCACCUAAAAAAGAUUUAAACAUGCCUGUGAGAAUAACUCUGGUAAUGUGUAUAGGUCACUGUAUGAGAUUGUAAAGAGGAGCUGAUUCUGUUUUGUGUGUG